AACCUGGUGCUAUCUAUUUCUUGAGGUCAAAAACGUCUUGAUAUACCCUUAUAUACGAGAUAACUGCGUUAUCUGGCUUUCAUAAACGGCUCGGAACAUGGUUCCUUUAUCACAAUUUUUAUCCUUCAUGAACGGCGGUGACGUCCACUGGCACCGUGGAUUACAGUAUCUCUCAACUGCGAUCUUGCCAGACAGGUCACGGAACUCGGAAACACAGUAGCAGGGGAGGACGAUAAAGUUGCUGCUAGUCACUAUCCGAAGCUAUGUUCAUUUUCGUGUUUGUCUGCAGGUGAUCGUACGGCGACAGGCGUGACAGACUCCUCCCAACACUCCGACAAUGAGUGGUGCCAGUUUUCUGCGCUUACACCGCGCCGCCGCCGCCAAUUGGCGAGGUCGUAAGGACCACGAGCGUGCGGACGACCUCGAAUCAGCUCUGCAUGUUUUGGUCUAUGUGGCCUUCCGGUACCAUAACAGCUCACUGAGCGACGAGGCCCUCAUCGACCAGAUGCAGGAUGUCUUCGAUAACUUUGUGACCGUUGACGACGUCCAUUCCGGUGGAGCAGGGAAACAUAGAUUCUUCCUUGGUGAUAGGUUGUCGGGUGUUGUGGCUGCGUCCUUCCCAGAACCCCUUGCUUGCCUGGUCGGUCAUCUCCGCAAUAUCUUCGUCAACAUCUACACGAGACGCCCUGAGCCGAUUCGCGAUUCAGCCAGGCCUAGGGAAAGGAUGUUAGGACAACGGAGUUGGGAUAGGUACCAUGAGGACCAGAAACUCGCGGAGACUUAUCUCUCCACGUCUGACACCGUCAUCGAAACAUUCAAGGAGUGCUUGGCAAUGGGUGGUUGGGGUGAUGAAGAAGCACCCAAAGAUCGUCUUGAGAGGAUGCCGAAAACCGCAGGGGCGUUGGAGCUGGCGUAUAAUCGUAAGCGUGCGUGCUCGUUUGCGACACCGACCAGUAACAAGAAGUUCAAGAAGGACAUGGGGACGGGUGAUUGAGUUCGUAGGUCUUUGGUUUGUUGCAAUCUUCUGGAUUUGGAUCGGUGUGGAGAAGUGGAACGCUCGAUGCGACUUGUACGUUACUUUUCACUUCAUACAUUAUUUUAUUCCCUGCAGCACAUGGAUCGUGUCGUCGUUUUCUUUGCCUUUUCAGCCGUGUAUCGCUCUUG